AAUUGUCGGUGUAUACUUUGAUUUUUUGUUUAGUUGCCUCGUCGCUUGCUAGUUUGCUCUAUUGAGCUGUGUUCGCAUCAUUUUUCUAAUUCACUCUAAUCCACUCAUCAAUCAUCAUUUCGAUAUUCAAAUCUAUAGAUACAGAAGUAAACUAGACUGAAACAGUCAAACUCGAUACGACUGUAAACUAGUACAGUAGUUGUCACUUAAUGUUCUUCUAAAAUGAAUGAAACUAUAAACGUUAAUUUUUUAUCUUAAAUGAAAUGACAAUUGAAACUUUUAUGAUUUAUUUAAAGUUUAAUUAGUAAUUCAGCUUUUUAAUAAUCUAAAUUGAUACCCGUAGAUUAUUUAUCAUGGCGUAUUCUACUAGUGUAAAUAUAAGUAUUGAAACUCAAGCCGAAAAUAUAAUCCAGGAAAUUUCAUACGAUGGACAGGAAAUCUAUCAACCGGCAUUGUCUAUGUCUGACAAUUUGUCAAAGCUUGCUCAAAGAAUUGACUUUAGUAAGGUUGACGAGGACACUAAACAACAAGAAGUGGAGAUCAAAAGUGAAGAAGAAUCCAAAGAGCCAUCUCCUAAUGCCCCUGUAUCUGGGUGGAUUGAUUCAGUAGUUGCGAAACUAAAGAGAGCAGCAACAGAGAUUUGUGUUAUAUCAGAUGUAUUAGCUGUUACAAAAGAAAAACGAUAUAUGAUACUUGAUCCAAUCCCUACUGAUUUAAUCGAAACCAAACCAAUGGCUCAAAUUUAUCUCCGCAAAAAGGCAUUAGCUAGUGCAUCAAAUAUAAUAAUGUCAGCUGUAGAUCGAUUAAGAAGUAGUCAGAAUGAAUUCAUAAGGAACAGAACAACCCCCGAUUUUCAUAUUGAGUUAUUAAGAUUACGACAAAAUUGGAGGUUAAAAAAAGUUUCUACAGCCAUUAUUGGCGACCUAAGUUAUAAAACAGGUAAUUUAAUGCAAAUUAAGUUAUUAUAAUUGUAAUAAAAGUAA